AUGGCGCCUCUGGCAACUAUUUUAUCUAUCGUGCUAGCAGCAUGUUGUGCUCUCCCUGCUUAUGCCGCUGAACUUGACCCCAUCGUGAUCAAAGGUUCUCGCUUCUUUUACAAAACCAGCGGACAGCAGUUCUUUAUCAAAGGAGUCGCAUAUCAAGAUGGCGACAAUUCGGUCGAAUCGUACUCGGACCCCCUCGCAAACCCCGCCGGAUGCAGAAGAGAUAUCCCUUUCCUCAAGGAGCUACAGACUAACGUAGUUCGCGUAUACGCCGUUCACCCUGAAAAGAACCACGACGAAUGCAUGCGUUUGCUCGCCGAUGCCGGUAUCUACGUUCUUGCUGACUUGGCCGAGCCGUCCCAGUCAAUCGACCGUAACUCGCCCGAAUGGGACAUUAAUCUGUAUGCUCGUUAUACGUCUGUGAUUGAUUCUUUGGCAAAAUAUACCAACGUCAUCGGUUUCUUUGCGGGGAAUGAAGUUGCGAAUGAUAGGGCCAACACCGACGCCAGUGCUUUUGUAAAGGCUGCAGUACGAGACAUGAAGGCCUACAUAUAUGAGAAGGGAUAUCGGCCGAUGGGCAUUGGGUACGCAACUGAUGAUGACGCAGAUAUUCGGCUAAACCUCGCUGCUUAUUUCGACUGCGGCACGGAUGACGAGCGUAUUGAUUUCUGGGGAUAUAACAUCUACGAGUGGUGUGGAGAUUCUACCUUUGAAACCUCUGGAUAUGCAGACCGCACGAAGGAGUUUGCCAAAUAUAAUGUUCCCGUGUUUUUCGCCGAAUAUGGAUGCAAUACCGUUUCGCCCCGGAAGUUUAGUGAGGUGCAGGCCAUUUAUGGCCCCAAGAUGACGUCUAUCUGGUCUGGAGGGAUCGUCUACAUGUAUUUCCAGGAACAGAAUAACUACGGCCUGGUCGAUGUAUCCGGCUCCAGCGUUGAGAAACUCGAAGACUUCACGGCCCUUGCCAGCCAGAUGGCGAAGGUCACACCCAAGGGGCCAAAAAUGGCUGCUUACACCCCAGUGCAUACCGACAAUGCCCCAUGUCCUACUAUUAGUAGUGACUGGGAAGCCUCGUCCAGGCUGCCUCCAACUCCAGACAAGGAGCUAUGUGACUGCAUGACUAGAUCUAUCACCUGCCGAGCCAAAUCCUCCGUACGCGACGAAGACCUGUCAAGGCUAUUUUCAACAGUCUGCGGUCUUUCACCUAGCGCCUGUGAUGGGAUCGCCUCUAAUGCAACCGGGGGUAUCUAUGGAACAUACGGAAUGUGUAAUCCCAUCGACCAGCUCUCUUGGGCGUUCAAUGCCUACUAUGAGGAGCAGGUCAAGAAGGGCCACGGGGAUACGGCCUGUCAUUUUGGCGGUGCUGCAGCCACGCAGACACCGGUCAAGAAGCCCGUCUGCACCGUCAAACCACAUGUGUCUAUAAAGGUAUCCCAGAGCGAUGCGGUGACGUGGUUGAAUGCUAGUAUCUGGGAAGUCUCUGGCUCGGCGUUUGGCGGUGUAUACUUGGGAUGUGCUAUCGUUGCCGGAUUGGGGAUGCUUUUGUUGUAG